UACCUCCGGACACACGACCAUGAAUCGGCCAUCUGCAAUCCUAGCCAUCAUCUUCGCUGCGAUGCUGCUAGCACCACCACCUCUCCAAGCGAGCGCUUUGUGCUUCUCGCACGACGAAGAUCUGUCCCCGUGCCUCAAAUACUUCAAAGGCGGCGGGGGACCGCGCCAUCGGCCGCAUGCUAAACGGAAUGCGGACGGUGGUGGCCAUGGCUGAGACCGGCGUCAAUCGACGCCUCAUCUGCACCUGCCUGAAGUCCAUGGCCAGCCGGGUAUCCGGGGCGACCGUCGAGCUUGUUGGCGGCCUUCCGGCUAAACGUGGAGUGGCUGUGGCGCCGUUUGAGACUAGCCCCAAAACUGAUUGUGACAAGCAGCAGGGUGUAGUGAUGAAUUGGAGCAGAGAAAUGAAGAUGAGCCUUACUAGUAACAAACAAAUAAAGUUGGUGAUGUUAUGAUCUUAGUGAUGUACUUGUCACGGUUUGUAAUCACGAUAUCAAAUAAAAUAAA